CCGCCAGCCUCCCGACCCCCUAGCACCCCUGCCUGCCGUGUGCCUGGUAAAUCUAGAUAGAAGACCUGCAAAAACCACUGAGGACUCUGACUCCUCCUUGACCCGGUCUGUUGGAUCAGAAAACCUGCACCGUGCCCAUCCCUGCCCCUACAGGCAAAUAAAAUUGCAACUGUUCUUUUCUGAGAUUUAUCAAGGCUGCCAAGUGAUGUUUUAUGAACCUCAUUUCUAGAUGCCUUGGGGUUCUGCAGCAAAUAUCCCUAAGGACCAGAGGGGGUUCCCAGGACACAGUGCAUCCAGUGCCCACACCAGGAAGGCAUCAACAACCAACACGAGUUGCAUGGUCAGGACUUAGUCCCCUAUCUCCUGGCAGGAAGGUCUGCUGUGCUGCUUCUGAGGAGAGAGCAGAAGGCACCCCGUUCCACCCCGGUGAAUGAGAAAUUGUCAAAUGGUUGUGAUGCUCUGCAUUCUCUUCAACUUCCACCUGUGCCCCGUUAAUUGAAGCAAUCAUUUAAGAAUGAAUUGGCAUUUUAACAGAUACGACCCCACGGCAGCCUUCGAGGCGGUGGGCGGAAUGAUGUACCAGGAUGGAGAGCUGCCGUUGGAGGAGCUGUACUGGGCAGAGCCAAGGCUGGGCAGCACUGAAUCUGAGCUCUCCAUGCAGCUCACCGGUGCUGCCCUGCAGCCACCGGACUAUUACCAAUACCAGGAAAACAUAGUCAGUCCUCACACUUCCCUGCAGUUUCAAGGGUUCCCAGGGCUUACUGACCCCCCCUUGGACAAUUCACCCAGUUCCAUGUUCAAUAUUAACUUUCAGUGGCCAGGUAUGAGUGGAGAAUACUAUCCAGGCCAUAGCCAACAAAGCAUCUCCAGCGACAGUACCUCCCAGGACAGCAGUCUGCACUUCAUGCUAGAUAACACCAUAGCGUGCCAGCCAAGCAGUUCUUACCCCAUGGCACAGGCAGGGAAGGCCCAGGGAAGGGAGGAAUCCGGCAACACAGAGAAAAUGAUUCAAAAACCACGUGCAGGGAUAAGGGUGCCAAUUCGGAAAGCAGCUCAAACCACUCCUGAUCCCGUGCCAGAGAGGAAAAGAACAGCGCCCAUUAACCCGGCCUACACAAUUCGAAAAUCUAGGGUUGCCAACACUGUGCACCAGCGCUCGUAUAGGGACAGGGUGAUUCACUUGUUGGCUUUGAAGAACUAUAAGAAACAUGAACUGCUCAUUCGACUUCAGAAAGAUGGCAUUCCCUCCCAUGACAAGAAUUCCCUUGCAACAAUUCUAUACCAAGUAGCUGAUUUCAAUCCUAAUGACAGUUCCUAUAGCUUAAAGGAUGAUGUUUUUAAAGAGCUCCAAAGGGACUGGCCUGGUUACAGCGAGCUAGACAGGCAGUCGCUGGAGAUGGUGCUGUCCAGAAAAGGCACUGGCACCGAUGCCCCAUCAUCUCUUUUCGGUUGCAGUAUAGACAACACAGUCAGUCUUUCCCAGGCCCAACUUUACGAGUCACCUUCAAGGAGAAAAAAAAUUAGAAUAUCUCACCUGGCAACGACAGACCAGUCAAUGUGGCGAGGCACUUUGAAUAAGAGCAGUGAAAGACCUGCUUUGAGUCUCUCGCCACCCUCUGUAGCUACUACCAGUCCCUCUCCGCCGCAGCCUGCAGCUGCCCCUCCCACAGCUCACUCUCCUCGGCCUGCAGUACCUCCUCACCGAGGUUGUCCUCGCACAACAGAAGGACCCAGGAUUCAAGAUUCAUGUGGUGAGACUAUUAGUCACAAAAGGAGAAUCUUCAAGCCCCAGAGGUGUAACUGUUCUGACAUGGAGCCAGCAGUCCCUCUUGCGCAUCCAACAAAGCAUUCCAAGGUCAGGGGGAGAAGAGGGGCCAUUUCCGAGAAGAAGCGCAAAGGUAAAUUUGCUGAAGACCAAGGAAAGGGCCGAAAGCACAAUCCUGAGAGGGUGCAGAAACGGAAGACACAUCCUGUGAAAGAAAGUCAAGGUGCAAAGUCGAGCAGCCAUGAGGAAGUCAAGGGCGUCUCCCUCGGCUCUGAGCGGCCCGCGCUGUCCGAGGAUUACCUGGCUGACUAUGUCUUGGUCGUCAACUCUGUGCAGCGGCGGCGCUACGAGCAAGACUUCAAAGUCGACUUCGAUGAGUACCAGGCCUUGUAUGCCAAGAUGCUCACUUUAUCGGAAGUGUUUAUCAAGCUGGAUUCAGAAAGGAAGCAGCUUUCACCAGAUUCAAAAGAAUUUCAGGAUAUUAAUAAAAAAAUCACCCUAGAGUAUGAGAAGAUGAAGAAGGCCAACCCCAAUUACAAUGCAGAAAAACACAGAUGCAAGUAUCUUUACAACAAGCUGGUUCACAUUAAAAAAUUAGUAACUGACUAUGACCAGCAACAAGCACAAUGUGACACUAGAACAGGGGUACGGCCAGAAUAAAUAUCCGUUUUAUCAAAAUGCUAAAUUACAUGCUGUCAAUUUUUAAGCCAUGGAGACUUAGUAGUUGAAAAAUUCAGUAUUCCUGUUUUCAUUUCUGUCCUUUUGUGUUCCUAUUUAUUUUAUCUUUUUGGUAUUUAUUAACUGCUCUUUGUUAACUUUUAUUUUCAUGUUUAUAUUUAGUUGAUUUUAUUUAGUUCAUUUUUAUGCUUAUUGUUUCCUUUUCAUUCCAUUUUACCUAGCUUUCUACUUUGAAGCUACUUUAUUUGACCCUUCUCAUCACCCAAAUUUGUGUUUUCAUUCCUUUUAAAAUCAAUGUCUUUGAAUCAAAAUUUUAUACACUUAUAGAACAAAAACCUAUGACUAAUGAGAAUGGCUACAGUAAACGUAACCUUUUUUUAACCUUUAAAUCAAACUCAUCCUUAAAUUAUAGAAAUCUUUACAAACACCACAUAUUUUAGUCUCAUUAAGUUUGUUUGCUGACCUUGAUUGAAACUGUUACUUGUGUUUGUCAUUGGGAACACAAGUUCUGUGGUCAAACACGCAAAAGCUUUUGAUCAGUUCAAAUUGAAUUCUUUCCAAAGUACUGCCAUUUCAAACAGGAAGCAUUAUGUUUACAUAUCUAAGUUUUUAAAAGUUUUCCAAAAUUUGGAUAUUGUCCUUAAUAAAUAUUUAUCUUCACUACCCAAAAGAAAAUUGGUGCAUACACAAGAACCGUAAUUAUCUAUGAUAGGAAUCCUAAUAAUAAAAGGAGCACUUGUGAACUCACUAACCAACUUAGGGACCAGAAAACUCCCCCCACACCACUGACCUUAUCUUUGUUAUCCUCUCGAUUAAGCUGAAAUCUGGCCUUCCCACCAUGGCUAAACACCUCGCCAAAUUUACUUUUUAGCUUUUUCUUGCUUUUCUGUAAUACUAUGACUGUAUUUAUAAGCAUCCUUAAAAUGGUAUAUUCAAUUUUUUUAUCUUUAUGAUAAAGAUGCCAUACUACAUGUAGUUAUAUUUUUAAAAUAUUUUUAAUUUUUAUCAAGGUAACAUUGGUUUACAUUGCUGUUUGUAUUUUGGAAGUAUGGGAUUCCCCGCUUCCAGGGCUGUUACCAUAAGGUCCCUACCACCAUCUUGUUUCAGUCAACCCAGUGCUUCUAGGAUUUACUAAUGCUGACAUAUAAAGUUGUAGCUUAUCCAUGUCCUUGCUUAUAAGGUGGGUCAUCAGGACUUCAGCAUCAUUAUCCCUUCCCUUCUUAUUGAAGAUUGGGUUGUUUCUCCAAUUCAUUUUCUUGUUCUUAAAUGUUACUGUGAACAUUUUUUACACAGUUAUCUCUUACUUUCAUCUGAGCUCAGGUUUUUAUUUUCUCUGUAUUUUAAACCCCAUGGGAGUUUAUUAUUGUUUUUGUAGGGUCAGUCUUCAGACAUAUGUAUUUUCCAUUGAUUUAAAGAUUUCUGUCCACCUUAUUUCUGAUGGAGAUUAUUUUUCUUGAAAAACUCCCUGCUAUGUGGGUCUGCUAACAAUGAAUCUGCUCAGUUUUUUAGUGUGCAUGUUCUGAAUUGAUUUUUACUUUUGAAAGGUAUGUUAACUUAGGUAUAGAAUUCUAACUUGGUGUCUAUUUUCAUUGGCAGUAUAAAAAAAUUCUCCUUUUUUGGCUUUUUCAUUCUUGUUGAGGGUUUAGCUCUGAUGUUCUUAUCCCUCCUUAUCUGGCCAUAUGUCAUUUGUUAUGUAUGUUUUACAUUUUUCUUCUUGUGUUUAGUUUCUAGCAGUGUCAUUCAGAGAUAUCUAGUUAUGAUUUUUGUUAUUUACUCUGCUUGGGGUUCAGAGCACUUCUUGAAACUUGGAUUGAUACAAUUCUUUAGGCUUGGAAAAUUCUCCAGUAUUCUGUCAAUAUUGCUUUAUCCCAUGCUUUCUAAUUUUCUUUUCAUUUUCCUUAUGUCCUUGUGAUCAUUUCUGUCAUGUUUAUCAUCUUUUCCCCUUUCCAUGUUUCAUUCUAUUGUUGUCUAAUAACCUACCUCCUAGCUGUCUUAUUUUCCUUUAGGAUGAAUUCCAUAUUUGGUCAGAGGCAAGUAUUUUCUUUGUAAUUAAUAUUCUAAUAACUCUUAUUAGAGGUAUUUACACUUAAAAUGGCAGUUAGAGAUGGUGGGGUAAAAAAAAAAUCCCAAAAUCAUCAUCAUCACCUCCAACAGAAAAUGUCCAUAGGUAAUGGUUACACUAAAAUAGUAUUUACAAACUCAGGAUGGUUACUGGCUUUAUUUGUAUUUCAUAAAUAUUUUUUGAAAUGAAAGGCUAAUCAAUCUGAAAUCAAUAAAAUAAAAUUUAGGGCCUCCCUGGUAGCCCAAGGGGUUAAGUCUCAGCACUAUGAAGCUAUCGGCAGCCACUACAGCACAAGUUCGAUCCCUGGCCAGGGAACUGACCCACAGGGCACAGCAGACCUCUCCUCUCUCCCUGCUGCUUCCCUCAGUAGUGUAUUUCAGUAGAUCUGCCUGUUCUGCUCCCCACUCUGUCUCUGGUGAAUCUUCUCACCCCCCUGUUCUUGUAUGCAUAAAUGAAUUAAUCUUUAAUCAAAUCAAAUCAAAUCUAGUAGUUUAGUACAUAUAUGAAGAAGUGUUAGAUUAGACAUGGGAAAAUUGAUGUAAUUUUACCUGUUUUAUGGAAUAUUUUUGUUUUAGUCAUAAAUUCAUUCUCUUUCAUGUUACUUUUUAACUCAAUUUAUUCUUUCAAUGCUAGAUAUUAAAGAGAAGAGAUCAUCAAUAUGGACUUUGGAUGUAAGCAGUUACACCAGCCUUAGAAAAUAUAUUUUCUGUGCCUUUGGCUAUUAUAUGGAAAUAAUAGUCUUCAACUCACAGUUAUUUUGAGUAUUUAGCAAGAAUCUUCCAUACAGGUAGCUGGCUAGUUUUCUGUAUUAGCACUUAGAGUGUAAUGGACACUUACUGAACUGCCAUCAUUAUUAUAUUUAUCUGUCAUCGUAUGACAGUGCCACAAUCCCAGAAACUCACAAUGUCAUUUAUUGUUUCACAAUUUCUGUGGAUCACUAAUCCUGGCAUUGUUUGGCUGGGGUUUCUCAUGAGGCUGCAAUCAAGACGUUGGCCAGGGCUAGAGCCUCACCUGCGGCCCAAUGGGGAAGAAUACCCUUCUAAGCUCACUUACGGUGGUGCUGUCAAGAUUUGGUCAAUUCCUUUUGGGGCUUUAGACUGGAGCCUCAGUUGCUUCCAAGAUGUCAACUGGAUACAAACUUCAGUUCCUUGCCAUGUAGGCAGCCAUGACACAGCAGCUAGCAAGGGAGAGUUUGCUAGCAAGAUGGAAAUUAUAAUCUAAUAUAACAUAGCCAUGAAAUUAACAUCCGAUCACCUCUGCCUUACUCUGUUGGUUAGAAGCAAGUCACAAAUUCCACCGAAGAGGGAAAGGGUUGCACAAGGACAUGAAUAUCAGGGGGAGGGACACUGGGGGCAGAGUCUGUCUGCCGCAACUAUCAGCUUUAAGGAGCUCAGAAAUCAUUCUUUUCCGAUAGUCACAUUUGAGUUACCCAUAGUUCAUUAGAACUUUCUGUCAACAUUGCAUGGGAAAAAAAAAAGGUUUGUUUUCUUGUGCAAAAAUGAAAAAUGAUGUAAAAAAUAUAUAAAAUUAAAAAAAAUAAAAGAAGAAAUAGUAGAAAUCCAAGUUUUUAAUGAGAAAUAUAUUGUUAAAUAAACUAGAAUACUUGAUUUAAAAAAAAAGGUUUGUUUUCUUAUAAAAUAUGUCUGGAUAACACAUGCUCUAAUAUGAAUUUGCACAAAGUCAAUGUCCAGCAAAAGAUGUCAAAAAGUAGGAGAUGGUCCUCCCGCCUGCUGCUCCCCUCAGCAGUGUACUUCGUCACUCUGCCUGUUCUGCUCCCUGCUCUGGCUCUGGUGAAUUCUCUCACCCUCCUGUGCUUCUGACUGUACCCAG